CUUCAAUAUUUUUUCCACCAGUGACCCAGAAAUUAGUUCUGAUCUGUUUCAAUAGAUAGACUUUCUCCAGCAAUACUGUUCAUUAUGGAUUCUUCAGCUAAAGAAGAGUUGGUGAUGAGCAAAACAAAUGAUGAAAUUACUUUAGUGAAAGAAGAUCAGGAAAUUUCAGACAAUAUUUUUGAGAAUGAAAGUCUUGAAAAAGGACAUCAGAUUAUUGAAAACAUGGAAGGAUUAAAAACUGAUUCUAUUGAAGGAAAUGAGAACUCUGAUAAGCACAAGUUCUUACUGCCUACAUUACCAAUUAAAGUUAAGAGAAUCAGCACCCGAUCUGCUCCAAUAGUCACCCUGCCCAAUGCUGAUCAAGAGAAAUGUCAGGAAGAUGUUUCAACUUGUACAUCAUUGGGUGAAGCCAGUUUACCAGAGAGUAAUGUGAACACCUCUCACAACCUGAAGACAGUUCCUAUUCCAUACAAGGAGCCAUCUUGGAGCUCCCAUCCUCCCGAUGGUUACAGCUUUGAGGUACUAAAAGGAGGAGUCGUGGUAGACACUAUAAAGCUUGACAAGCCGUUCUUAGUGUUUGGACGUCUGGCUCAGUGUGAUGUCAUGCUUGAGCAUCCGUCAAUAUCAAGGUUUCACUGCAUUGUACAGUACAGAGGAGUGACCUCAGAAGCGGCAGAGGCAGGCAUUUAUGUGUAUGACUUGAGUAGCACACAUGGGUCGUAUCAGAACAAAUACAGACUCCAGCCUAAAGUUUAUAACAGGCUCAGAGUUGGCCAUAUGCUCAAGUUUGGUGGUAGCUCAAGAAACUUUGUACUCAUGGGGCCUGAUGAAGAUGCUGAAGAAGAACUUCCAUAUACCGUAGCAGAGCUGCAACAAAUGGCCAAAGAAAAAUUAGAGGACAAGAAAAAGAAGGAGGCAGAGAAGAAACUGGAAAAGGAGAAGAAGGAGCAGCAGAGAAUCAAAGAUGAAGAAGAAAGAGGAAUUGAUUGGGGCAUGGGCCCAGAUGCUGAAGAAGAUGAUGAAGACCCAGAUGCUCCUAACCCCUUCAGUGAACUAGUACGAGAGGAGCUUUAUUUAGACGAUCCUAAGAAGUCUUUGCGCGGCUGGUACGAGAGAGAAGGCUAUGAACUACCUGAAUACGACGUCACUGAGGUCACGGCGGGACGCUUCAAGUGCUCUGUAAAGCUACCAAUACUGAGCCCGUCGGGCGAGCCUCUGAUCGCAACAGUCGAGCACCGCGGCAAGAAGAAGGACACGGUCGUGCAGGCCGCCCUCGAGGCCUGCAGGCUGCUGGACAAGCACGGUCUCUUCAGGCAGGCCACUCAUGCGAGUCGUGCAAGCAAAGUCGUCGUCGAUAGCGACAGUGACGACGAGGACGAAUUUUUGGACCGCACGGGGGACGUGGAGAAGAAGAGGGACCGGCGAUAUGUGCGCUCCUCGAGGCGAGAGAAGACUUACACCUACAGCGAGCUGCUGGAGCAGCACACAACAGCGGUCACUGAGCUGCAUGCGCUGGCUCAGCAAUUACUGGAAGUUCAGCGCGCUAAGGAGGCGACGGCUGGCAAGGACAGUGACAAAGACGCGGAAGACUUGGACGUCUUCAUGGUUUCAAUGAACAAACUUGCACUAGACAAGCACAAGAUGCUCACUUGCAAGCUAAAGUUCAUAGAGCUGCGCAAGGAAGAGGCGCGCGUACGGCGGCUGUUGAACGUGGCGAGACCUGCAAGCAUCGCAGAGGUGGCCGCUCCAUCGUACCCUCCCGAGUUGAUCUUGCCAGGAACACAACGACCUGGUGACAAGAAACCUUCAACUGUGUCAUCAAAAUCUCUUCAGGCUCCUUCAGUUGCUCUUAAGGGUUUGAGUGCGGGUGUGCACGCUGCAUUCAUGGAAGAGGACGACGCCCCUAAACUAAAGCUCAGUAAACUGGACGCCACUGAGGACUUCGUACCCAAAUAUAUCCCCUACGACCGCAGUGCGUAUGCUCCUACAGCUCGAGCGCGUGCUCUACCAGCGCGCACGCCAGCUAAAUACAUCAUGUUUAAUGAUGAUGCUCCUAAGCCGGUGAACACUUCACCAACUCAACCCAAUGAGAAUUCUAUGCAAGAGUCGGUUGAAGUCCAACCAUCGCUUACUGGUAGUGAUGUGACCAAAAAGACUGAAACGAUAAGCACACUCAACGGCAGGGCUUCGACAACAUUAAACUCUCCCCACAGCCACGAAGAAAAAGAAAUUAAUGAAGAAGGAAAUGCGAUCAGUGGACCAGGGGAUUCCAUUUGCCCAUCCCUGGAUUCAGAACAAUUGAUUCCUGUUGAUAAAAAAGCAAAAUUGGAUAUUAACAGUGACUUUUUACCCGCCGGAACAAAGUCCAGACAUCGGAAAAGCAUGGGCGAUGAUAAGCAGCAGUCACUUCGUGCAGCUGUCAAGAGAGCGAGUGGAGCAACGGAGAGCAAGAGCAGCAAGAAGCUGGCAUCUUCGUUUGACUUCAACGAUCCACGGGCGGAGGAAGAUUGGCUGCCUCCACAAGACCAGACUGGCGAUGGACGAAUUCGUCUCAACGACAAGCUCGGCUACUGAACACGUCUAUACAUACUCGGGGGAACACGGCAAUCCAUACCCAACCCUCGUGAUACACAUCAAUCUAAACCAGCACUUGUAGGCCCACAGACAUGAUCGUUUCAUGCACUCGCAGAAGGAAGGCUUGAAACAGUUCUUGGGUGUAAGGGUAUUAAUGUUAUCUUGGACGGACACCGAGCUCGUCCAAAAGAUUUCUAAAACAUUUUGCAAUGAAUGUAAUGAUGUGAAUUGACUUCUUCAAUCGUAAAUGUGAAUAUAAAUAACGCAUUUUAAAGUACUCGCGAAGCUACAUUUCUGAGCUGCGCAAUGCAUAGAAAUUGAAGCCCUCUUCCAUGUGACCACCUCAUCGCAAUGUAGCCGGCUUGCCGUACAUUUUUUGUCUGUGAUAUAGUAGUUAAGUAAUGUAAUGUGCGUGUAAAGUGGUUCUUGGUGUAAUUGUAAUAGUUAAUUAGGGGAAAAAUUUAAACGAAUAUUUUGACAUAGAUUGAAAUCUGAUGUGAUGCCGGAACUGCAACCUUUCCUUUUUGAUCCAUCGGCCGCUCCGAAUACGUGCCCCCAUUCACAUGCACCUAUUACUGCCCCUGCAAUUGGUGGAAAGCCCCUGUGACAUUUAUUGCGUACCACCGCUACAGAAUGCACCUUCUAUUGCGCUGUACUGGGUUGCUGACAAAGGUCUCAACUGAAGGGAUAGUACUCAUCGUGUUGUACAAAUGUGGUUUUAAAGUGAAACGGCGGUUAAUAUUAUUUUUUAUUAGAAAAUGGCUGUUA